UUCAGUUUUCCUGCUAGAAUUUUUCCAAGUUCUCAACAGCAUGAUGGUUCAGCCAUGAACUUUUCUUUAUUUUGUUGUUCUUCUCCUGCAUUCUUUCUGUCUCUUCUUAACUGAUUCUUCACCUUUGAGUCCAUUCACGACAUCUCUAAAGCUUAUUCUAUCAAUGCCGUCCCCAUCUCCAUCCUCAAAUAAUGCAGUUGUGAAAGCCAUUGCUGCCACAGCUGCAACUACUCUAGUUGUUGUUGGGAUUUUCCUUCUUUUGUUCAAAAGAUUUGUAAUUGCUCGACGUCACAAGAAAAAGAAAGCAAGUACAAUCUUUCUUCGAGAAGAUGAUGAAGUGAAUCUUGGAGAGUUCAUGAACUUCGGAGGAAACGUGAAAGGAUUGAUUGUUGAGGAAAAUGGGGUGGAUGUUCUUUAUUUGAGGAAACUAGAAGGUGGGCAACUUGAAACUUCUUUUCCCAAGGUAGUAUUCAAUCCUAGUUUUGAAGAUGAAAAGGAAAAGAGGGUGGAUGUUAGAGUUGAAGGACCAAGAAAAUCUCAAUCUCUGGAAGUUCCAUUGCUCUCUGAGUGUUCUGAGGGAAUUCCUCUUGAAGUAGUGAAAACAGUAUUGCAAAUCCCAACCCAACCAAAUAUUUUGGAGAAGGAAACUCGAACACCACCACCCCCUCUACCAAAGAAGAUUCCACUGCCACCUCCACCACCUCCGCCGCCGCCGCCACCACCACCAUUUCUUCCAGCUAAAAGAAGUCUUGCACCUCCACCUCCACCUCCACCUCCUAAGGUAGGGAAUUCGGUGUCAUUAUUGAAACCCCCACCAGCACCUAGAACAAAAGCAAACAACAAGAGCUGGGCAGAGGCUUCAGUGGGGGAGAGCUUGAGAAUGGCAGGUACCGGCCAAAGGACGCUGAAGCCGCUGCACUGGGACAAGGUUAUAGCUAAUGCUGAUCAUUCAAUGGUCUGGGAUAAGAUCAUUGACGGAUCUUUCAGAUUUGAAGAUGAUCUUAUGGAGACUUUGUUCGGAUAUGCUAAUACCAAGAACAAAUCCCUUGAAGGAGGUUAUGUCCUGCCAUCUUCAAGCAAGUCUAACACUGCUACACCAACUCAAAUCUUCAUCCUGGAGCCACGAAAAUCACAGAACAUAGCAAUUGUGCUAAGAUCGAUUGUAAUCUCGCGCAGAGAAAUUCUGGAUGCCCUUUUUGAAGGCCAGGGACUCGGUGCUGAUACCCUUGAGAAACUCACCAAAAUGGCUCCAACCAAAGAGGAGGAAGCUAAAAUCCUCCAAUUUAAUGGCAACACAACUAAACUUGCAGAUGCUGAAUCUUUCCUCUACCACAUCCUGAAAGUUGUUCCUUCGGCAUUCACUCGUUUCAAUGCAAUGCUUUUCAGAACAAAUUAUGAUCCUGAUAUCCUUUACCUUAAGGAGUCCUUGCAAGCGCUUGAGUUAGGGUGCAAGGAGCUAAGAACCGGAGGGCUUUUCUUAAAACUUCUUGAAGCCAUUCUCAAGGCUGGCAACCGCAUGAAUGCUGGAACUGCUAGAGGCAAUGCACAAGGUUUUAACCUCAGUGCUCUUCGAAAGCUCUCUGAUGUAAAAAGCACAGAUGGAAAGAUUACUCUCCUUCACUUUGUGGUGGAACAAGUAGUUCGAUCCGAGGGUAGACGUUGUCUGAUCAAUCGAAACCACAGCCUUGGCAGAAGGAAUGGUCAAAGUAUUGGCACAACAAAUUCAGAUAGCCUAACAGCAGAAGACAGAGACAGAGAAUCUCUAAUGCUAGGACUACCAGUGCUGGAAGACCUAAGCACUGAAUUAUCUAAUGUGAAAAAGGCAGCCAUCAUCGAAUAUGACAAUUUCAUUAAUAUGUGCUCCACACUAGGUGGUCGUGUAACAGAAAUUCGACAGCUUAUGAGAAAUUGUGGCAAUGAUGAGAGAGGUGUUGGAUUUGUGAGAGAAACGAAAGGAUUUCUAGAAGAAUGUGAAGAGGAGCUUAAGGUGGUUAGAGGGGAGCAAACACGAGUUAUGGAGCUUGUUAAGAGAACAACAAAAUACUACCAAGCAGGAGCUUCCAUUUCCAAUGACAAAGGGUCACACCCACUUCAACUAUUUGUGAUGGUCAAGGACUUCCUCGGAAUGGUCGAUCAAGUUUGUGCAGACAUUUCUCGGACGAUACAAAAGAAGAAUGAGACUGCACCUCUGGGAUCUUCACCACCCUCGACAAAAACUCCGUGGAGAUUACCAAAUUUCCACUCACAUUUCAUGUCGGAUAUGUCUAGGACAUCUUCCAACGAAUCUGAUGACGAUUUCUGAGGAGAAUAAACGACCAAUUAUGCAAAAAGUUGACUGGAAAAACACAACUAGAAGAAGAUUUGGUAUAAAGCCAUCUGCAAUAAGAAAUGUAGAGUCUAGAAGUAAAUCAGUCAUCACAACUGCUGAACAUGAUGUCUCAAUGGGCAAAAGCAAAAACUCAUCACUCAUAUCAGUAAUUUUUUUGUUUUUUGAAAAUAGGUUAUUAGAGAAAAACAAUAACAAUGAUGCUUUCCACAAUUAUAUACUUCCCCACAAAAAGGGAGCUCUGACAGGAGUUCCAAUGCAAAGAACCUCAUGAAGGAGCAGGGGAGACCGUACCAUGGAGGAGAAGGAAGAAGAAGAUGAUGCAUUUGCUACAUGUAUAAAAUCAAAAUCACGAAAAAAAGCAGUAUUAAUCGGGGAAUCGA